CUCUCUCCUCUCGGUCUCCCCCCUGCGGCGCGUCUCCCUCCCUUGACCUGGGAGGAGAGUUUCCUUGGCCCGGCCAAGGGAGCCUCAGAGAAGGGUUAAGCGCGGAAGGGCUGGCGGGGAAGACGGCAAAGCCCGGAUCUGCCGGAAGAGGAGUGCGGCAGCAGCGGAACGCAGCCAUCGCCGCGCCGUGGCUCCAGCGAUGCGCCAUGUAACCAGCUGACAGUCCCAUUUUUGCGCGCGGCUUGGGCUGGAGAGCGGGCGGCGAGACCCCGCACCCGGGCGCCCGCGGGCUUCGCCGCCGUCCCCCCGACCCUUCGGCCCGGCGUUUCCUCCUCGUCGUCGUCCUCUCUGCCGGUGCCAUGGGGCUGCCCACCCUGGAGUUCAGCGACUCGUACUUGGAUAGCCCGGAUUUUCGCGAGAGGCUGAAAUGUCACGAGGUGGAGCUGGAGAGGACCAACAAGUUCAUCAAGGAGCUCAUCAAGGACGGCGGCCUGCUCAUCGGGGCGCUCCGGAAUCUAUCCAUAGCAGUACAAAAGUUUUCCCAGUCACUUCAAGAUUUUCAGUUUGAGUGCAUUGGAGAUGCUGAGACGGAUGAUGAAAUUAGUAUCGCCCAGUCACUGAAGGAGUUUGCCCGGUUAUUGAUUGCGGUAGAAGAGGAGAGGAGACGCCUGAUCCAGAAUGCCAAUGAUGUUUUAAUAGCCCCACUGGAGAAAUUUCGUAAGGAACAAAUAGGUGCAGCAAAAGAAGGAAAGAAGAAGUUUGAUAAAGAAAGUGAAAAGUAUUAUUCAACCUUAGAGAAGCACUUAAAUUUAUCUGCAAAGAAGAAGGAAUCACACCUGCAAGACGCAGACACACAGAUUGACCGAGAACAUCAAAACUUUUAUGAAGCGUCGUUAGAAUAUGUCUUUAAAAUCCAAGAAGUGCAAGAGAGAAAAAAGUUUGAAUUUGUUGAGCCCCUUUUGGCCUUUCUUCAGGGAUUAUUUACCUUUUACCACGAGGGAUAUGAGCUGGCCCAGGAGUUUGCACCAUACAAGCAACAGCUGCAGUUCAACUUGCAGAAUACCCGGAAUAAUUUUGAAAGCACAAGGCAGGAAGUAGAACGGCUUAUGCAGAGAAUGAAGUCUGCCAGCCAAGACUACAGGCCACCAAGCCAGUGGACAAUGGAAGGCUAUCUCUACGUUCAAGAGAAGCGACCUCUAGGGUUCACCUGGAUAAAACAUUACUGCACCUACGACAAAGGGACGAAAGCAUUCACGAUGAGCAUUUGUGAAGCCAAAUCUGGAGGGAAAGUGAAUGGUCUCGUCCCAAGUACACCAGAAGUGUUCAAGUUGAAAUCCUGCAUCCGGAGAAAGACAGAUUCAAUUGACAAGCGCUUCUGCUUCGAUAUUGAAGUAUUUGAAAGGCAUGGGAUCAUUACGCUACAAGCUUAUUCCGAAUCCAACCGGAAGCUCUGGCUGGAAGCAAUGGAUGGAAAAGAACCGAUUUAUACCUUGCCAGCUAUUAUUAGCAAGAAAGAAGAAACGUUCCUCAAUGAAGCUGGCUUUAACUUUGUAAGGAAGUGCAUCCAUGCAGUAGAGACGAGAGGUAUCACAAUUUUGGGGUUGUACCGAAUAGGUGGCGUGAAUUCCAAAGUUCAGAAGCUGAUGAAUACCAUAUUUUCUCCAAAAUCCCCUCCCGACAUGGACAUUGAUUUGGAAAUUUGGGACAACAAAACUAUUACAAGUGGGCUAAAGAACUACCUCAGGUGCCUUGCAGAACCACUGAUGACCUACAAGUUGCACAAGGAUUUUGUCGUUGCCGUCAAGUCUGAUGACCAAAAUUACAGGGUGGAAGCAGUCCAUGCACUUGUUCACAAACUGCCAGAGAAGAACCGAGAGAUGCUGGACAUCCUGAUCAAGCACUUGGUCAAGGUGUCACUACAUAGUCAGCAAAAUCUCAUGACCAUCUCCAACCUUGGAGUUAUCUUUGGGCCCACACUGAUGAGAGCCCAGGAGGAAACCGUGGCUGCAAUGAUGAACAUCAAGUUUCAGAAUAUUGUGGUUGAGAUUCUCAUCGAGCAUUACGACAAGAUAUUCCACACAGCCCCAGACCCCAACAUCCCUCUUCCGCAGCCUCAGUCCCGGUCGGGCUCAAGAAGGACGAGAGCAAUCUGCCUUUCCACAGGCACUCGCAAACCAAAAGGGCGAUAUACCCCAUGCCUGGCAGACCCAGACACUGAUUCCUACAGUAGCAGCCCAGACAGCACCCCGAUGGGCAGCAUAGAAUCUCUUUCAUCUCACUCAUCAGAACAAAACAGCACCACAAAACCUCCAUCUUCUCAGCCCAGGGAUAAAGCCGGAGGAGUUCCAUGGAUUGCUUCGUCCCCAUCAUCCAACGGACAGAAAAAUUCAGGCCUUUGGACACCGAGUCCUGAAUCUUCCUCAAAGGAGGACACAGCAAAAACAGACAUGGAGUCUGACUGCCAUAGUGUUACUUCUGUCACCGGUCCAGAGACCGUGACUCCACCAAUAGACCUGACCAAAAGAGGAAUAUAUAGUCUCUCCGGAUUGAAACGGUCAGCAGCUUCCUCUAUUCGGUCAAUCCCUUCUGCCGAAGGUAACAAAAGCUGCAGCGGUUCGGUACAGAGCUUAACUUCUCUGGACGCAAAAGAGACGCCCAAAGCCCCAGCAAACCCAGACCUGCCUCCCAAAAUGUGCAGGAGACUGCGGCUCGAUACCGCAUCAAGUAACGGCUACCAGAGACCGGGAUCUGUGGUAGCAGCCAAGGCCCAGCUGUUUGAAAGUGGUUGCUCACUUAAGCAGGCUCCCUCAGGAAGGCAAGCCAAAGCCAUGUAUUCCUGCAAGGCCGAGCACAGUCAUGAACUCUCCUUCCCUCAGGGAGCCAUAUUUUCCAAUGUGUAUCCAUCUGUGGAACCAGGAUGGCUCAAAGCGACGUAUGAAGGCAAAACAGGACUUGUUCCAGAGAAUUACGUUGUCUUUCUCUAGUAAUAGUUAGCAGACAGCAGCAUCUUCAUGGUAUCCAUGGCAACAAGCAAUAAGCACUGUGAUUUUUAUAUAUAUAUAUAUUUAAUCUGACACAGAUACGGGGGUCUGCCAGUGAGCCCUGUGUGUGGUGGAUUUCCUUUGACUUCUGCAGCCACAGACAAUGUAGCUCCUUAUAAACGGAACAGACCUGAUGCAAAUAGUCAACAGGGUUUGUUUUCGGAUGUUUGAAAUUGAACAUGGUACUCUCUUGGUCAUCUGCUGCUGACAACCAGAAAUUCAUUUUAU